AUGGUUUUCAGAUCCCCUUUAGAGCUUUAUCCCUCCCAUUUCUUCCUGCCAAACUUCGCUGAUCGCCCUCUGCUCCUGGCGAACAGCGCUCCCACCACCAGGUCGCCAGAAGACUUGUCCAUGUUUCAGCUACCGACCCUCAACUUCUCCCCGGAGCAGGUGGCGAGCGUCUGCGAGACGCUGGAGGAGACCGGGGACAUCGAACGGCUGGGCCGCUUCCUCUGGUCCCUGCCGGUGGCUCCGGGAGCGUGCGAGCAGAUCAACAAGCACGAGUCCAUCCUGCGCGCCCGGGCCGUGGUGGCGUUCCACACGGGCAACUUCAGAGACCUCUACCACAUCCUGGAGAACCACAAGUUCACCAAGGACUCGCACGGCAAGCUGCAGGCCAUGUGGCUGGAGGCACACUAUCAGGAGGCCGAGAAGCUGCGCGGUCGUCCCCUCGGACCGGUCGAUAAGUACCGGGUGCGGAAGAAGUUUCCGCUGCCUCGGACCAUCUGGGACGGCGAGCAGAAGACGCACUGUUUCAAGGAGCGGACGCGGAGCCUGCUGAGGGAGUGGUACCUUCAGGACCCCUACCCGAACCCCAGCAAGAAAAGGGAACUGGCUCAAGCCACUGGACUCACUCCCACACAGGUCGGAAACUGGUUUAAAAACCGGAGGCAACGAGACAGAGCCGCGGCAGCCAAAAACAGGCUCCAGCACCAAGCAAUAGGACCGGGCGGUAUGAGGUCCCUCUCGGAGGCCGGGCUCACCCCUCGCAGCUCGGCGGAGUCGCCCUCGACCGCGGCCAGUCCCACCACCAGCGUUUCCAGUAUGACAGAGAGGGUUGAUACCGGGACGUCCAUCCUGUCCGUCACGUCCAGCGACUCGGAGUGCGAUGUAUGA